ACAAAUCUUUGGGAGCCUUUGUGAAUGGGACAGAAAACAGAAGAAGUGUCACUUAAUUGGAUUUUAGAUUAAGGGUGUAUUCAGAUCUGGGAAUAGCAGUAACCAAGUUUGCACUAUCAUGUAUACCAACUUAGCACUGUAUCCCACUGAACAGCUCUGAGUAUAGAUUGGUGUGUCUACUGUAUACACGUGCACUUAAAAGGUUUAAAGAGAAGCCCCAUGCUGGCAAGCCAGAAAGUGUGCAUGGAAGGGUAAAUUUCUGCACACAGAAGCCCUGCUCAGACCCAUCUGCUUGCCUGACCCAGAAUUUAAACAGACAUUCUUGUGUACACUGUUAAGGACUGCAGAGAUGCUUCUAAUUACGUUCAGUUGACUAUUCUCUACAGUAUUUCUAUGACCAGAAGUCUUAUCUUAGCAGAGUUCCCAACCAUGGAAACAUCGUAGAUGUGUUGAGAUGAGUUCACUUCCAAGGCCCUCCAGUCUUUUCACAGUGAACAAGUGAAGAUCUGUCCAGCUUUCAGAGGCAACUUCCCUUUCGGUCUGGUUCUCAUCUGGGGGGACCCUGGCAGCGCAGGCCCCCCAAACUUCAUUUUUCUGAAACACGGCUCUAGCCAACCUGCUUCGCUGCUUCACUUGCGACCGCCUGUGUGGGAGCUGCACGGCGCCAGCUCCCCCACCUCGACAGGGCAUUGCUCUCCAGCCUGUCAUGCCCAGCUGUGAGCCAGUGCCACCUGCACCUUGCCUCCCGACCAAGACCUUCCGCAGCUACCUACCGCGGUGUCACCGGACAUACAGCUGUGUCCACUGCCGGGCACAUCUGGCGAAGCAUGAUGAGCUCAUCUCCAAGUCCUUCCAGGGGAGUCAUGGUCGCGCCUAUCUUUUCAAUUCUGUGGUUAAUGUGGGCUGUGGUCCAGCCGAGCAACGUCUCUUGCUCACUGGUCUCCAUUCUGUUGCCGAUAUUUUCUGUGAAAGCUGCAAGACUACCCUGGGAUGGAAAUAUGAACAAGCCUUUGAGACCAGCCAGAAGUACAAAGAAGGGAAGUACAUUAUUGAGAUGUCACACAUGGUGAAGGACAAUGGAUGGGACUGAAGUGUGUGUGUGUAUGUGGGGACUUUCUGGGUGCACACCCUCCUGCGUAGCAUGUCUUGUGCCCCUUCCUAACCCCACUGCCACAGCUGGCCCCCCGGCACAACCAACCCAGCCCCCUCUCUUCCUUCCCCCCAUCUCCCGCACAACAUCACCCGUGAGUGGAGAUACCAGGACCCUUCUCCCAAACCUCUUGCACUUCCUAAAAUGCUGGAUUCACAGUUGGGGAGACCCCACACCACCCUUCUCACAAAAGGGGAAGCACACAGGGUUCAGGGGCCAAUGUGGAAGGACUCUGGAUUGGAUCUGACUUGAUCGGUAUGGGGCAGGCUACGCCCAUCACUGAUACCAGUUGGGCGGAACAAACUGGGGGUGGUGGUGGAGUGGGUUUGCCCAGAACUGCGAACAUGGAAGCAGGUUUGAACUUUUCAGUUCAUUGCAUAAAACAUAGUCUUUUCUGGAACGAGACAGAAAAGGCUGCAGGCACAGGGCAAGCUCCUGGGGAAGGGCUUGAAGAGAGCGCACGGUUUGCAUGCAGAGGGUCUUGGGUGCAGUUCCUGGCACUCCAAGUUUAAAAGAACCUCAUGGAACUAGGCUGUACCCAAGGUCCUGGGUAAUUGCUGCCAAUCAAAGCAGGGCCAACCAAGGGUCUGAUUAAGUGUAAGGCAGCUUCUUAGGCUCCUUUUCUUUCUGGCGACAAACCGAAAGUGUGCACCAGCCUACUAAUGCUGGGCAGAGAAGGCUAGAGGGAGAAAACAUCCCUCCCACGAUGAAACAGAAAGGUAUCUUUGAGGUAGGGGACAGAGGAGCAGUCCCUCUCCACAUGGGGCCAUGGUAGUUCACCUCUCCUUUCACCAUGUCCUUCCCCCAAGCACUGCCGUGGUAUUUCCCCCAUGUUUACUGUAUGGAGUCCAUUUCUUCUGUAACGGGUCGUGUGUGCUUGUGAUCCCGGGGCACCAUGGAACCCCCCACAACUCCCCCACUGUAUGUGAAGGAAGGUGGGGAAGUCAGGUGGGGGGGCAAAGCCUCAGCACUGUCACCAGCGCAGGAUGGUUUUUUUGUUUUUGUAUAAUAAUGUGUUUUGUAUUAAAAAAAACAACAACAAAGAAAAAGCCAUAGUAUGAAUGGCUUUUGCCACCC